AGCCCAAGUUUUCUCUUGAGUUUGGGAGGGGUGAUUACUGGAAUGCGUGUAUAUUUCUGAAUUGAGUUUAAAAAAAUAUUUAUCAGUGCAUACGUAGUGCUAUUACGAUAAUAUGUGUACAAUGAACCGUUUAAUAUGUGUUUAACAUCACGUGCUUAAUUUCACUUUCUAUGGGCGUAGAUAAUCAUGCAAAAUGGCCAACGAUUUGUGGUCAUGUACCUGUUGUACGGAGGCGCUGACUUGCUGGCUGCGGCUGAAGCUGUCUCCGGAGGAGAUCGAGCAGCGCUACAGGAGCAAAGAGAUCGACCGGAUAUUAGAGAAGGACAAGCAGACACUGCGACGGCAGGUGAAGCUGCUGCUGCUCGGCGCUGGUGAAAGCGGGAAGUCGACAUUCCUCAAACAGAUGAGGAUCAUACACAAAGUGAAGUUCGAGCCUGAGUUGGUGCGGGAGUACCAGCAUGUGAUAUAUCAGAAUAUAGUGAAAGGAAUACAAGUUCUAGUUGACGCGAGGGACAAAUUGGCGAUACCGUGGGAGAAUCCUAGAAAUUUGGAUGUGGGACAGCAGGCUUUGCACUUUAACAGCACGCAGACUCUGGACAGCCGGCUGUUCAUGCACUACGCGCCGCACAUACACUCCCUGUGGCUCGACAGGGCCAUCAAGAGGGCCUAUGACAGGCGGAGAGAGUUCCAACUGAGCGACUCUGUAAGCUACUUCUUUGACGAGCUGGAGCGCAUAGCGCGACCAGACUACAUGCCUUCCCACCAAGACAUCCUGCACUGUCGGAAAGCCACCAAAGGCAUCUCCGAGUGCACCAUCAACAUCAACAAUGUACCCUUCGUGUUUGUGGACGUCGGCGGGCAGAGGACGCAACGGCAGAAGUGGACGCAAUGUUUCGACUCGGUCACGUCGAUAUUGUUCCUCGUGUCUUCGUCGGAGUUCGACCAGGUGUUGUCUGAAGACAGGAGAACGAAUCGUCUCGAAGAGGCGCUCAACAUCUUCGACACGAUCGUGAACAACGUCAACUUCAAAGGCAUUUCCAUAAUCCUGUUCCUCAACAAGUCAGACUUACUAGCGAAAAAGGUCGCUAGCAAAGAGACGGACAUUCGCUGGUACUACCCCCAGUUCGCUGGCGACCCGCAUAACUUGGCGGACGUGCAAAUGUUCUUGCUGGACAUGUUCGCGAACGUUCGCCGGGAACCAAAGACAACACUGUAUCACCACUUCACAACAGCCAUAGACACGUACAACAUUGAGGUCGUCUUCAACUCCGUUAAAGACACCAUCCUUAACCGUAACCUUGAAUCACUUAUGCUACAGUGAUAGUGUUAUAUUGUGAUAUCGGCGUGCAUAAUAUGAAAGACACUUAUGGAGCAUUCCACGGGCUGUCCCGUACAAACGCAUUUUAAUUCCGGUGUUGCGAGUUUUUUUCGGCAUUUGAAGCAGGCGAUUAUUUUUCUGUGCGCAUUUUUAGACCAUUUGUCAUAGAAAAGGAAACUCUUAUACCUGCAAAUCUUCAGAAAUUCGCGUUUUUACGGGACAAACGGUAGACAAUUUCAUGGAAUGCUCCUUAUGUUAGUUACUCCGGGCCUCCGCGCGGCCUAAUUGUUGUAAAAUAUGUAAUUUGACAUGUAUUUAUUUACCAAUAAUAAAUGGUAAAAGCUAUGUAUAGUCUAUCGUAACGAUAUUUGUAUAUCAGUAUAUUUAUGACCAAAAAAUGUAGAUUUUGCACUUGGAAAAAUGUAUUAUUAUGAUCACGUUUUUAAGGGAUACGUUUCUACGAGUAUACGUAGGGGACUGUAGUAGUUAGUGGGGGUAGACUUAUUGUCAUGGACAAAUUUGUGUAAAGCAAUAUUGUUUUAAAUGCUCCAUUAGGUUAUUCGAAGUCCAUCGAAUGAUUGUUACUUAAACUCCAAAAAUCGUUAUUAUUACUCGGAUUUAGAGUUAUUAGUGAAUUGUAGUAUCUACGCUCAAAACUUUUGCCAAGUGACAAGUGAUAAUAUCGAUUUUUUAAAGCUUAUGUGAAUUUGUAAGUUGUAUCAGAGACAAUUAAAUAAUAAACACUGCUAAUCUUCAUACAAAUACCGUUUCUUUGUUGUAGUAUCUCGAAAUGGCGUCAUUAUACGUGAAGCUUCAGUCCCAUAUAUAGGUAUGAUCUAUAGCGCUAGGAACAGAUACAAAUAACAGCGCCAUCUUGUGAACCGGUCUCAGCAAAUUUCCCAACGUCGUCUAGAGGUGCUGAAUACGAAAAUACACAUUUUUUGUAUGAAAUUUAGCAGUCUGUUAAAAUGUCUCUGGUUGAACCUGAUGGGCAUGCAAUAUAAUGAGUGCCAAGUCGAGACCAGGUGCGUUGCGGUCUCUUCUAUUUAAGGUGUAAUGUCACAAACUACCGAUAGGUGUCGCAUGAGUAGAAUAGGUCUUUUGAAUUGAGAAAAAACACUUUUAACAAAAAUAAAACUUUGUAAGUAAGUAUAUGGUGCAGUAAAGUGCCAAUCACAGAAAAUAAGUUGCCUUGGUUCAAAAUACCUCUAUCAGUGCUGACACCUGAUUCCUUGUAAGGCAGAAGUUCCCAACCCAAGAUAGCAAUAAUAAGACUAGGAUGGUGCGGAAAGUUUAACAGCAAUAUAGCAAACCCGUAGAUUUUCAAAGAUCUUGUCACCACAAAAUUUAAAAGGGCUCUUUUUACUUGGCUCAACGCAAAGGUUGGGAACUAUUGCUUUAAGAGUUUAAGGGAAACGAAAGCUUCUCUUCAAAAUUACAUUUACUGUGAUUAAAUUGAAAUUAAAAGCUGCUACAGCAAC